AUGAUGGACUUAAGUUUUUUAUGGCCAGGAACAGACAAUGCACAUAAUGUAGUAGAGGCCGCCACAAAUAUAGGAUGGUCUUCCAUAGGAUUUAGUGUUUACUAUAAAGCAGAUGGACACGGAGUACAUCAGAUUGAUCUUAAAUCUGAAAUAUCGCAACACAUAGUGGAUUCUAGAACUAAAUUUGGUCCCCCGAACUUAAACACUCAGAUAUCGCCAGUAAUUUCUGAUUCUGAGAGCAAAAAUGGUCUAUCUUUAGGGUAUAAUUUUGUUAGAAGAGUAACAGUCUUACUUAUGGACGAUUUCAAUCCGAAUUCUCUAUUAAAGUUCGCAGACUCUAACGAGUUUGAGAUUUUUAGCGUGAUUCCAACCAAUGCAAGAUCUUUUCAAGCGGCCUGCGAAAGCAUCAAUUGUGACUUGAUAAACUUAAAUCACUAUUGCUACUACUCAUCCUACAAGUUAAAGAGAGGUUUCAUAAACGCCGCUUUGCAAAGGGGCUGUUUUUUUGAGGUAUCGCUUUCUGAUAAAGUGCUGGAUUUUGAUAAUAAGCAAGUCUCAAAAGAGCCAAUCAACAUAUCAUUUCAGAAGAAUCUUCCAUCCGUAAUCAGACAUAUACCCCUAAAGAGAUUAGUAUUAUCCACAGGAGCGAGAGAACCUAACGACAUCGUGGACCCUAAUUUACUUCUUGGAACUUGUACAGAGUUAUUUUCUGGAUUCUCAGGAAGAAAACUUGAUUUGGUGUGUUGUUUAACAAAGGCCCCAAACGAGUGUGUGAAGAAAGGUUCAGCCAGAAGGACGUAUGGAACAGGAAUCAUGUCCCACAGAAUAGAAGGGGAUUUUGGAAAAACUUUUAAAUAA